CCAAACUGUUGUGUUCUUCUUCUCACAUUUCAAUGCAAGCAAAAGGUAGCUAAACCUCUGAAAGUUUGGAAACCCAAACCUCAAUCUCAAUUCUCAAGCUUAAAUUCCAAAGUCGCUUACCAAGCUUCUAGGGUUUUCCAGGAGGAAGCAAGAUUGGGAAAAAAAUUCCAAACUCUGUAAUUAGGGUUUUAGAGAGACACAGUAAUAUGGACCAUGGCCUUCGUCCCAGACAGAGGGAGUUCUUCAUUGGCUUCACAAAGGGCGAGAUGGAGAGAAUGGACAAAUUGGUGAGGGAAUCAGGAGAAGCAGUGCUGGCCAAAGAAUUUUGUCAAAAUUUGGCGAAAAGUUUUAAUCGCUCUGCUGGUCGUGCUGGAAAACCAAUUGUCAAAUGGAUUCAGGUGCAAAAUUGGUUCCAGGAAAGGAUGCAAGAGUUACCUAACAUAUUAAAAGAUCUCCAGGGAGUUUGCCCUUCCACUAAGGCACCUAAAAGCAAAGAAAAACCUAAAGCCCACUCCAAAGCAGAAGAAAAGAUCCCAGAGUCAGAGUUGGAAUUUGAGGCUAGGUCAUCAAAGGACGGGGCAUGGUAUGAUGUUGAUAUGUUCCUGUGUCACCGAGUUGCUAGUGCGGGAGAAACUGAAGUUCGUGUUAGAUUUGUUGGGUUUGGAGCCGAAGAGGAUGAGUGGGUUAAUGUUAAAAAAGCAGUGCGAGAGCGUUCUGUACCCCUAGAGAAUUCAGAAUGUAGUUCAUUGAAGGUUGGAGACCAUGUCCUCUGCUUGCUGGAGAAGAGAGAUCAAGCGAUCUACUAUGAUGCUCAUAUUAUAGAAAUCCAUCGAAGAAUGCAUGAUAUAAGGGGGUGUAGGUGUCUUUUCUUUAUUCGGUAUAAUCAUGACAACAGUGAGGAAAAAGUUCGGUUAAGGAGACUGUGUCGUCGUCCAAUACGGUAGAUGAUGGGCAAUGACGAAGUCGUUCUUAACCAAAUGCUAGUCACUCUUUUUGCACACGACCUGUGCGGCAAGGAUAGACAUGGGUGCUUUGCAAGGGAAAAGAGGAACUGGAGUUGUGGGUCUGAUAAAUCACGACAUCACUAGAUCAAGGAUGCAUGAUAGUGGUUGGUGCGGUUGUAAACUUGUAUCGUAGUUAUUUUCUUUGUAUCAGAAUCAUGGUUUGAUUAAUAAAAAAUUUAAAUUUAAAAAAAAAAAAAAACGAAGAAAAAGAA